AUGACGGUGACAGACGACGUCCAGAAGGCGCGGAAGCGCAUUCACAACAAGAAAUACCGCGCUGCGAAUCGGGAGAAGAUUGCGGUCAAGGGCAAGGCCUACUACGCUGCCAACGCAGACAAAGAGCGGGCCCGGAAGAAAACGUACCACGCUGCCAACAAGGAGAAGCUUGCGGUUGUCUCAUCCGGCAAGAUUCCACCGCCGCUGCCCAAGCUCGCCGACCUUCGAGCGCAACACGAAGCCUCUGGCAACGUCGCUCCUGCAACGUCGACGGAUGCAGCCCCAGAACUCACUGAAGAAGACCCGCACCCGUUGGCCGCGACCACCAAGAAGGUCGCGGCCAAGUGGUCGCAGCACGGCUCGGGUCCACGCUUGCGCAGGUUGAAAGGUUUCUCGUUGGUGAAGGUGACCAUGACGACCUUGUUGGUGGUCGUCAUGGUCACGUUCACGAACGAGCAUCCUUUCAACCUGCGCCUGAGCUUUUUAUCUCUUUCUAUUUUGCCUAAUGAAGUGUGCUGAAGUUGUC